AUGACCGACAUGGCCGUCUCGCCCAUCGACACGCCCGUUUCGCCCGUCGAGGACACCAGGCCUGCCAAAAACAGGCAAUUCUCUCUCUACGCCAACCGGAUCAAACCCGACGACCAUAGUUCCAUCGAAGCGCCGCCACUUCCACAGGCCGUGCCUAUUUUGCCUCGCUGGGACUCUCUCCAGAAUGGGCCUCACCUGAUGGCUGUCAGCCCAACCGCCGAGUCUUUCCCCAGAGACGUCUUCUACGACGCUUCAGAAGAGCCAAAACCACCUCUCUCGCCAACCUUUCGAGAAGAAUUCCCUCGCAUGCCAUUUGACGAUCCCCUUCCCUCGCCGGGUCGAAUAGUCUCUGCUCAGUCGUCCACUGCCGACAUGCGCCAAUCCUCAGGUUCCGUCGGCAACUUCUCCAGACCUCGAAAGCCGAGCAUCAAGCAGCUUGUGCAACCCAGGCUUCCCGCACCACGAGAACCCUCACCUCAACUCAACCAAGACCGCGUCGCCUCGCCAUGGCAGCCUCCACGGUCUCGUACUCAGUCCAACGCUUCAGUGAUUUCGACGUAUACUUUUGCUUCUCCACUAGUCGCCAAUACCUUUGACUUAUCCGCACCUCCGUCUCCUCGCCUACGCACCGCUCCCCACUCCAACGGCCCGCCAGUUUCAAUGACAGUACAGGCGCCUAGUAGGCCGCCUUUUGCUACUUAUAGUCGUGCAGACUCGUCCGUCUCGGCGCCUCCAGCACCGGUUGGCGGCUCUGGUGGCGCUCCUUGGGCUGGUGGGGACGAGCUGCGGUCCAGUUUCAGGUCCCAGCUAACAGCCUCCACAGCCCCCGGCACUGCUGUGACCGAGCGCAGCAGCGUCAUGACCAAGGACAGCUCAGUCAGCUCCCUAUACGCCAAUGCAGACGCAGAACCCGACGAGCCCAGCAUCGAAGAUGUCAUGGGCAUGUACGAGAGAGGUUUCAAAGAUGACACGGACGACGAGGGCGACGCCACUGACUCGGACGACUUGCCUCGCAUCUAUCGACAGCUGACCACGCUCUCGGAAACGGGUCCAGCCGUUGCUCGUUUUGAAGACGCUGAUAGUCUCAGCCCUCCCCGCCCUGCUGCCCGCUCUGGCGCCCGCCCUGCACCGACCGCCUUGGAUGCCGAAAUCCGCCAAUCCAAGAUGCUCUUUUCCAAUCCAGCCUUUACAUCAAUGCUGCCUGCUGUUGCCGGCGACAACAUGAAGGAACAAGUCGAGAAGAGAGACUCAGCCAAGUCAAUUGGCUCCGACCCCUCAGUAUCAUCUCGUCCCGCCACAUCCGAUUUCAACGAAAUGCCCGUCUCCCCCAUGACUGACACAGAUUCACAACAAAACUCUGUUUCCCACACACCACCUCCAGCACCCACACCGUCAUAUGCCGAGAUUGAAGAACCUGGCUCACGCGACCGCUACGGCUUCAAGAAGCAGAAUCACUCCAUCACGCGCGAACAGUACGACGACUGGAACAAGAGUUAUUCACCAUACUUGGCCCGUCGCCGCCGCAAAUGGAUCGCUCAUCUCAAAGACAAUUCUCUGAUGACGGACCGGCCCAUCCGCUUUCCCCCGCCCAAUGCAAAAACGAAGCGAUUUGUCCGCAAAGGCUUUCCCCCAGAUUGGCGCGGCGCCGCCUGGUUUUACUAUGCUGGUGGUCCGGCUAUUCUGUCCAAGCACUCCGGGCUGUAUGAGAAGCUGCUUACCGCCCACGCAAAGCAGAUUGAUGUCGACGCCAUUGAGCGAGACCUGCACCGCACAUUUCCUGACAACAUUCAAUUCAAACCCUCACCGACCGGCUAUGACGGGUCGACCUCGAGCAGCGAGCGACAAAGCCAGUCCACGCUGACAAGCGACGAGUCGAGCGAGUGCAGCGCCCGCGCGGUACCCGGCGAGCCCCCCAUUAUUACCUCUUUACGUCGCGUCUUGCACGCAUUUUCCAUUUAUAACCCCCGUAUCGGAUACUGCCAGAGCCUGAAUUUCUUGGCAGGUUUGCUGCUUUUAUUCGUCGAGACGGAGGAGCAAUGCUUUUGGCUCCUCAACGUCAUCACACAUAUUUACCUUCCCGGCACGCACGAGAUGAGCCUGGAAGGCUCCAAAGUGGACCUAGGCGUGCUCAUGGCCGAAAUUCGCGACACAAUGCCCGAGGUUUGGGACCGGAUUGGUGGUGAAUUGGAGGAGCAGACCAAUUUUAAGCCAACGCCCACCCGUUCACUUCGACGACCACUGGGCAAGUCGCGCCAUCGUGGUCAUCCCAGUCUUUCAACAGAUCGCCUACCUCCGAUUACGUUGUGCAUGACGGCGUGGUUCAUGAGCUGUUUUAUUGGCACGCUACCCAUUGAAACAACGCUGCGCGUAUGGGAUGUUUUCUUCUACGAGGGCUCCAAGACGCUAUUUCGGGUGGCCCUGGCCAUUUUCAAACAUGGCGAGGCUGAAAUCAAAUCCAUUUCGGACCCGAUGGAAAUGUUUGGCGUAGUGCAGGCGCUACCGAGAAAGAUGCUGGACGCCAACCUGUUGAUGGAGCAGUGCUUCAAGAGGCGCAACGGGUUCAACCACUUAAAUCAAGACGUGAUUGACGACAAGCGACGAGAGCGGCGGGACAAGGCGAAAAAGGACCGCGAGCAGCACAGUCAGACGGUGAACAACGGCCAGUCAGAAGAGACAGGGACCUGGCUAUCUAUUACUUUACCGAGCACUACCGCGGCGUACCAGAUUAGUACCCUUCGCCUCGCCCACCACGCCCGGCAGCGUGAGGCCCGCCGCGAUCACUGCUCCGCGUGUUGCCUCGCCGCACCCGACAGCAGAGAACCGAGACCCGUGACCGACGGGCCGUCGUGA